GGGAGGGGGGAGGCGCUUCUGCUGAUGAAAGAGGGGGAAAAAGGCUCGGGAAAGUUUUGCGAAGGCUCCCUGUUAAGAGCGGUCACCUGAGUUUCUCACCGCCAGCGAACAGAAAAUGUCACACGGCGCCAAGCAGCAGGUGGCUGGGCUUCUGAACGCCGCGGGGAAAACCCAACCGGGGAGCUUCCUGGUGUCAAUCAAACAGGAGAAAGGCGAAGCCCCUCGUCUGAUCGCGGAGAAGCCCCAUGGCGAAGAGGAGCCCGUGAAGAAGAGGGGAUGGCCGAAAGGCAAGAAGAGGAAGAAGAUUCUCCCAAACGGGCCAAAGGCCCCGGUGACGGGAUACGUCCGCUUCCUGAACGAGCGGCGGGAGUUGAUCCGUAUGCAGCACCCGGACCUCCCCUUCCCAGAGAUCACAAAGAUGUUGGGCGCCGAGUGGAGCAAACUGCAACCGGUGGAUAAACAGCGUUACCUGGAUGAGGCCGAGCGCGAGAAGCAGCAGUACAUGAAGGAGCUGAGGGAAUACCAGCAGUCCGAAGCCUACAAGAUGUGUGCCGAAAAGAUGCAGGAGAAGAAGAUCAAGAAAGAGGAUGCCGGUUCCGGAGUUGUGAACACGCUGCUGAACGGGUACAAGCUUGGAGAGGGGGGCAGUGACGGCUUCUCGACAUUUGACGUCCCCAUAUUUACCGAGGAGUUCUUGGACCAGAAUAAAGCUCGGGAAGCUGAGCUUCGGCGCCUGCGCAAGGUGAACACGGAGUUUGAGGAGCAGAACUCCAUCCUGCAGAAGCACACGGAGAACAUGAGCUGCGCCAAGGAGCGCCUGGAGCAAGAACUGGCUCUGGAAGAGAGGCAGACCAUUGCUCUGCAGAAGCAGCUGCAGACAGUGCGCCAAGCUCUGACCGCCAGCUUCGCCAGCCUGCCAAUCCCAGGCACCGGGGAGACCCCUACGUUGAACACCCUCGAUUUCUACAUGGCGAAGCUCCACAGCGCCAUCGAGAGCAACCCGGUGCAGAACGAGAGGCUCGUGGUGCGGGUCAAGGAGAUUCUGUCUCGCAUCGCCAGUGAACACUUGUGAGCGGCCACAGACCUCCCAGCGCAACUUGAAAACUUCGCGCAACUGUGAUGUGCUGCGCCGCCUCUCCCUGCAUGCACCUGCCUCCGCCUUCCAGACCUUCUCUCUUAACUGUGCCUCUUCUGUCCUCCUGAGAUGUUGGUGGGAGCAAUCUUCUCCCGCUCUCCUUAUCCCCUUUCCUCCUCAAAGCUGUCCGUCAGGGUGGUUAGAUGUUUUAGAACAUUAGAAAGGAAAUCAUGUUGGAGCAAAGGUUCCUCGAGCUCCGGGAUUCUGCGGUUCUUUUCGGGGAAGGACGGCGACGACAGGAAUCCCAGUUUUUGCCACUGGGGUUUUAUUGUGAUGAGAACUUUGGUGUGUACAUUGCGGCGAAACAUCCGUAGGGUGUUCCUGCUUCCAAACAGCCUAAUUGACUAUAAUUGAUGGAUUCCCGUUUGCCCCUCAUUUUCUCGCCCAGGUAUGCACCUCCCUGCUGUUUCUUAAGAGAAGAGCACCACUUUUGCAUUGGCUAGAUUUCUCUAGGAUAUAACGGAACUGUUUUAAACGCCGCCGUUUUCACGGCAUGGCCAGCCAGCCCAGAGUCAGGACUUCCGAUUUGCGGCACAGUUGCUCGCGGGGACGAAUGAAUAAAUUUACGAUAAUUGCUGACUAAGAUUUGAUGGAAACAGGGCACGCGCUGCGUCAGAAAUGCAGAUUAAAUUUUUCCAGGGGCCCCCAAAGAAGUGUUGCGUUUUAAAUUGGAGAUGGCCAGAGAUUAAACCUGGGAUCUUCUCCGUGCAAAGUCCCUGAGCUACACGGAUCCCGUUCGUUUCUAGGUAAAGAGGCCAUGUAUUGUGGGUUGAGAUCCAGCCCAGAAUUGCUGGAGUCAGUUAGUGGCUUUCAAGGACUUUAGAGUAGAAAAGACCUGCCUGAAAAUCAUGCUUUUACACUGCAGGCGCAGGUAAGGCUACUUGGGAUAAGACCCACUGUGAUUAAUGGGACUUCACUCUCAGGUUUGUCUGUAUAGCACAGGCAUCCCCAAACUUGGCCCUCCAGAUGUUUUGGGACUACAGUUCCCAUCAUCCCUGAGCACUGGUCCUGUUAACUAGGGAUGAUGGGAAUUGUAGUCCCAAAACAUCUGGAGGGCCGAGUUUGGGGAUGCCUGAUAUAGCAGGAUCCAGCCAGACAUUUUUAAUCUGCACUAUUCUGGUCUCCCGACCACCACUGAGCUGUAUCACUGCCUCGACCUAUUUAUUCUUAGGGUUAAUUUCCUGGAAUUUUCACAUCCGAAAAAAAUGCGUCUACAUAGAAUUUGGUAUGGUAAAUAAAUAAAACAACUGUUUGCUUGUUUUUUAAAAAAUAGACCCUGAUUUCAUUGACAUAAGAAUCCAGGCUGUUGUGCUUUUUUAUAGACGAUUGCAAUCAAAAAUUAUACGGAUCCCCCCCCCCAUUGCAAAUCAGCUUUGUUAUCAAAAUUCACAGACUUCCUGCUGUUUGCGAGGAUCAAAUCAAAGACGCUUUUUCAGGUGAAUUUGGGGGAACCUGCUUGAAGCAGCUGUUGUGUCGAACUAUUAUUUGCUCCUUGCAAUCAGCUGAAAGUUUGUGAAUUUCGAGAAUAAACUUGAUUUGCAAUGGGGUGGGGGGGUUUGAAUAAUUUUGAUUGCAACCGUAUAUAAAAGUUUCUUCAUCUCAUUUUCAAUGGAGCAGGAAAUUACAAAGAGGUCCCCGGUAUCAUGUGUGAGGGGGUUUCAAAGCCCUUUCCCCGCUUCCCAAGCGGAGGAAGGAGAAUAAUAAUUUGUGGGUAGAUGUAUAUCCGUAAUUUUGCUUAAUUUACAGAAUGAAAUCAUCUGUAAGGACUUGGCUGUUUUUGCACAUAUGGCGAAGCCUAAACCAUGGUUUACUGUGAUCAAGCAGACAGUGUGCACCAUGGUUCCUUGUCCAGGAGAAAUGAGCCAUAACCCUGGUUUCACAUUGUAUGCAAACCCUGGUUUGUGGUUUAUGUAACUCUAAACUCCAUUGAUCAGCCCGAGGGAUUACUGAUCAUUAUUUAUUUGGAUCAAAACAAAACUAUAACCCCUGCUUUGGCUGUAACGCUAAGCCCAGGGAAGAUGGUUUCUUUCCUUUGUGCCCUAACCAUGGUUUACGUUGCAGAAUACAGAACGGUCCAGUUUGUCAGUGGAGGAUCUCGAGUUUCCUUGGCACAAAAUUUGGAUUAAUCCGCCUUAGUUUUAGCACGCUCUCGAUCCUCUUUCUCGCGAGAAAGAGAGAGAGGAGAAAUCCUGUCUUGUCUAUGUCUCUUGCCUCGUGGUGAAUUAGUUCUGAUGCUCAUAUAUAGACUUUCUGAAUCUUGUAUUUUCUUAGCGUUGCGCGUUGAACGACGGCAACAGAAAAAAAGCUAUUUUAGCAGCGAGGGAAGUGGGUAUGUUGCUUCUGUGGGUGCAGGGAUUUUUUUAAAAAAAUGAAAUAAAAUACUUUUAAAAACACACCUCCCUAAGUUAUUGUCUGAUUUCGAGUCUGGGAUGAAACUUGCAGGAGGGAGUUUGCAUCUGCGCCAACAACACACCAUAUAAAUUUCAUUGCAAUAGUGCUUGCUUUUUACCGCAAGGAUUGCUCUUAAUUUUUAUUGCGGGGCACAGUUACCUUAAAACGAGUCACGUUGAUGCAUUUAAACUACGUAUCAAAAGAGGUGGUUUUCCUUUUGCAUGGAUAAUAUUUCCUAACGUAGUUUAUAGAUCCACUCCCUCCCAAAAAAGAGAGGCCAUUUUAAAUGUAUAACUGAAAGUCAAAUUAUAAUUAAGAAAAAUUAAAGAUCGCAUUGGCAAUUCACAGUGUGAUCCUUUACCAAAAAAAGUCUGCCUAUCAAAGCUUCCUCCUUGCAAAUAAUUGAGCUCUGACCCUAACUGAAUAAUGAUAUAAAGUGUUUUGAAGGAUAAAUGGUGACUCACAUCCUUGGUUUUGCUACCUCUGGAAAAAAAAAGGUGAAUCUACAAACAGGUUAAAGGAGUUUUCUUCAAUGUUCUUGCUGUGGUCUUCUAGAUGGGAGUUUACUUAUUAUUAUUUUUAAAAUAGGUACAGGGGCCUAUGCCUUCCUUUUGCUCUGGAAGGAGCUGUUGGUGCAAGGACAGAUCAUGCAUACUGCACUGGCUCAGAAUAAUUUAUUUUUUAAAAAAUAGGGGAGCGAUUUAUCUCCUGCUCUUCAGCAAACAAGCUUUCAAAAAAUAAUAACAACAGUAGUUGUUUUAUGAAAUCGCCGCGGUUGUUGCAUGUUCUUCUGAAAUUGCUUUGAGGUGCUUUAUUAUAGGAAUGGAUUCAUAAACGGAAUUUUAAACAACACUCUAGACGUUCCUUUGAGCAUGUGCAGAGUGCCCUGGCGGAUGUAAUGGCUGUAAUCGUGUCAAAUGGCUGCUGACAGGUGGCGAUUCCUGAUGUCCCGGCCUUCCUUAUUUACAGGUGAAACUCGGAAAAUUAGAAUAUUGUCAAAAAGUGCAUUUAUUUCAGUAACGGAACUUAAAAGGUGAAACCAAUAUAUGAGAUAGAUGCAUGACAUGCAAAGCAAGAUAUGUCAAGCCUUUAUUUGUUGUAAUUGUAAUUAUUUGUCGUUAGGCGGGUCAAUUAUAAAUGGAAUGUAAUUAAUGAAAUGUAAUAGCGAUGUUUAUUUUUGUAUUAUUGUAACUAUUUGUUUUAUUACUGUGGAAUUUCCAAAAGAAAGCGUUUGUAAAAAUUAAAAGAAAGAAAAAUAAAGAACAAUAAGUUGCAUUACUGAAAUAAAUGCACUUUUCGACGAUUUUCCGAGUUUCGCCUGUAGGUUGCCGAUUACGAAAGGCGAAAUAAAUAUGCAGGUUGAGCAAAUCGCCCAUUUUGCAAGGAGGGCGUCGUUUCGUUCCCUCGAAACAAGACCAAGCUUGCCUGUGCAUUCCUAACCGAGCCUACUCAGAAUAGCUAGUUCUUUUGAAUUCAGUGGGAUUUACUGUAUGUAAAAAGCUGCUUUUGAGACCCCCCUGAAAAAACAAAUCUAUAAAACAGCCCUGUGUGUGUCCAAAAUGCUCUAAAAUCAAAUGGAGCCUGGUCUCCUUGGGAAGCCCUAUC